AUGCCUUUUAAACACAUAUAUAUUCUUACCAAACUAGUAACUAACUGCUACAAUAGAGUGAUUACAAAGCUAGGACUUACAAAUACUUACUUUGUCAAAAAUAGAAUUGACCAAGGAGAGAUGCAUCAAGAAAAAUUUUUUGGUACAGAUAU